CCACCUGCACUUGCCGGCUGUUAACCCUUCCCAUCCUGGGCAGCUCUUGCCUAAUCCUGCCUUCCAACCACCUUCCUGGAGCAGAUCUGGCUGCAUCAGCAGCGAUGGGGGGGGAGGGGCUGUUGUGGGAGGACGAGCAGCGCACAGGUUAUGAAACGCGGGUGGAUUUUGGACUUAUUUUCCAACCUGCGGAAACCCAAAGAACUGGAGGGGGAGUGGGGAGGGCACCUGGGCCAGGCCGGGCAGCAGCCAGGAAGAGAGGAGACAAGGUGGUUUCUGCCACCGGAGCAAAGCUGGCUUCCUCCAGCACAGGGGCCCUCUUUGCCUACGAAAAGUCCCACGAACUCAAGCUCCUGGACUCCGGAGCUGGGGGCCCAGAGGAACUGGCCAAGCGAUUCCUGAGCAGCAGCAUCAUGUACGGCUUGUGCCGCCUGCCGGACGCCACUCUGGGGCAGCAGCGCAUUGUCCUCAUCCAUUGGGUGGGUGAGGCUGUCCCGGAGCAGCGCCGGCAAGCCUGUGCCAGCCACCUGCCAGCCAUCCGGGCCUUUUUCAAGGAAGCCCACCUGGUGGUGAAGGUUGGCCGGGCUGAGGAGGUGACCCAGGAUGGACUGAGGCGCAUGGUGUCCCUGGUUGCUCCCCCAGGAGGCACGGUCAGCCAGAAAGUGCCGCUUGGCGAACCCCAGGAGCUGGUGGGCACCAACUACAAGAAGACCAACCCCGCCCUGGAGAUCCUCCACACCAAGAGGAGCUCCUUUUGGGAGCAGGCUGAGAGGGAAGAGGAGGAGCGGCGCCAGGAGGAGCGGCGGCGUGCCCAGGAGGAGCGGCGGCACUGGGAGCGCCAGCGCAUGGAGGAGGAGCGGCGGGAGGCAGCCGAGAGGGAACGGCGGGUGCAGGCGAAGGAGCAGCUCAUCCAGGAGCAGCGGAAGCAGCAGGCUCGGCUGGAGGCCGAGGAGCGCAGGUGCGAAGAGGCCCGAUGGGAGCAGCAGCAGCGAGAGCGGGCUCUCUCUGAGCAAAGGCCUCCAAGUUGCUCUGCAGAAAAGGCCACGGAGGCGGCUGCCCUGGCUUCACAGCGCUCACGCAACCCACGGGACUUCUUCCAGCCCAGGGAACGGUCGGGGUCCACCAGCGGCGUCUCAGAACCGCCGUCUUCUGCAGGGGGCUGGCCAGGAACGCCGCGGCGGCCGUUCCUCCGCUACCAGCGCAGCCUCACGGAAUCCGCCUACAUCUUCCGCCGUCCAGAUCCGGCCCCCGGGCCCCUGCCUGGCGACUUCCUGCCCUCGGCCUCCCCCCGCUCUCCGCCAGCAGCUCCCCUCCCCAGCCCCCGCCAGUCCAAGCCCCCGCCGGCCGUCAGCCCCAAGCCUGGGGCCGGACCCCGAUCUCCUGCCCCAGUUCCAGAGGGAAGACCCCCCAGCCCCCUCUCAUCCCCUGAGACCAGGGCCCCACUGCCUCCCACCCUGCUGGACAGGGCGGGGGCACCCCGGACCAGCCCCCAGCCCCCCGCCCAUCCUCUAGCUGGGGCUGGCCUCCAGGCAUCGCUAGCGCUCAGCCCUCCUGGAACUGGAGACGCCCCUCCCAAUGGCUGUGCCGCAGGCACAGAGCCGGCCUCCUCUUCUGGCAGCCCUGCGGGCCCCUGCAGGGCAAGCGCCCUGCCUCAAGGCAGCCCUCCCCCCACAAGAUCUCUUGCCCCAGCCCCCCUGGCCCAGCCCCCCUGCCUUGCCCACUCCCCUGAAGUAGGGCCUGCGCCCCCCAGUGACCCCCCUCACCCUGGCACUGCCCCCAUCUCCUCUGCCUGCUCUCUGCUUACUGCCCCACAUGAGGAAGCCCUGCCCCACACUGACUCCGUUGCCCCCUUCUCCUUCUGGAGCUCAGACAAUCCAGGGGAGUCCAGCCUGGAUGCUCCUUCACAGGAAGAGGAUGCUGCAAGAGACCAUGCACCAGGCCUAGCACCUGCUCCCAGCCCGGCUGAAUCGAGCCCAUAUUCUGGACACAACGGGGUGGCUGCACUGGAAGAGGGGAGGGGCCGCCGAGUCCAAGAGCAGCUGGGCCCAGAAGGCCAGGCCGAGACCUCCGUGGAUGCCAAACUCCCAGAAGCAGAGCGGAGCCACCCUGGAGCAGCUGAGCAGGCGCACAGUGGCAACCAGGCAACCGUGGUGGAGCACAGAGGAGAUACUGGGGGCCCCUCCCUGCACCCAGCAGAGACAAGAGCGGCCUGACUCCAGCACUUGCAGCCCCCCCUCCCCACCCCACCGAGCUUCUACUUGGAUGAGAAACACACACACACACCCCACUUCUGACCUGUACGCAGCAGCAGCAGCAGCAGCAGCAGCAGCAACUCACGGCCACCUCCAGGACCGGCUGCACACAGCCCUGCUCCCUCAAUAAAGCAAG